AUGUUUAACCAGCCUCUAUCCUCCAGCCUGUGUCCUCCAGCCUCUUUCCUCUAUCCUCCAGCCUGUGUCCUCCAGCCUCUAGCCUCCAGCCUCUAUCCUCCAGCCUCUGUCCUCCAGCCUCUGUCCUCUAUCCUCUAUCCUCCAGCCUCUAUCCUCCAGCCUCUGUCCUCCAGCCUCUAUCCUCCAGCCUCUAUCCUCCAGCCUCUAUCCUUCAGCCUCUAUCCUCUAUCCUCCAGCCUCUAUCCUCCAGACUCUGUCCUCCAGCCUCUAUCCUCCAGCCUCUAUCCUCCAGCCUCUGUCCUCCAGCCUCUGUCCUCCAGCCUCUAUCCUCCAGCCUCUAUCCUCCAGCCUCUGUCCUACAGCCUCUAUCCUCCAGCCUCUAUCCUCUAUCCUCCAGCCUCUGUCCUCCAGCCUCUGUCCUCCAGCAUCUGUCCUCCAGCCUCUAUCCUCCAGCCUCUAUCCUCCAGCCUCUGUCCUACAGCCUCUAUCCUCCAGCCUCUAUCCUCUAUCCUCCAGCCUCUGUCCUCCAGCCUCUGUCCUCCAGCAUCUGUCCUCCAGCCUCUAUCCUCCAGCCUCUAUCCUCCAGCCUCUGUCCUCCAGCCUCCGUCCUCCAGCCUCUAUCCUCCAGCAUCUGUCCUCCAGCCUCUAUCCUCCAGCCUCUAUCCUCCAGCCUCUAUCCUCUAUCCUCCAGCCUCUGUCCUCCAGCAUCUGUCCUCCAGCCUCUAUCCUCCAGCCUCUAUCCUCUAUCCUCUAUCCUCCAGCCUCUGUCCUCCAGCCUCUGUCCUCCAGCCUCUAUACUUCAGCCUCAAUCCUCCAGCCUCUAUCCUCCAUCCUCUGUCCUCCAGCCUCUAUCCUCUAUCCUCUAUCCUCCAGCCUCUCUCCUCCAGCCUCUGUCCUCCAGCCUCUGUCCUCCAGCCUCUAUCCUCCAGCCUCUAUCCUCUAUCCUCUAUCCUCCAGCCUCUAUCCUCCAGCCUCUAUCCUCCAGCCUCUAUCCUCCAGCCUCUAUCCUCCAGCCUCUAUCCUCCAGCCUCUAUCCUCUAUCCUCCAGCCUCUAUCCUCCAGCCUCUGUCCUCCAGCCUCUGUCCUCCAGCCUCUGUCCUCCAGCCUCUGUCCUCCAGCCUCUGUCCAGCCUCUAUCCUCCGGCCUCUAUCCUCCAGCCUCUAUCCUCCAGCCUCUAUCCUCCAGCCUCUGUCCUCCAGCCUCUGUCCUCCCAGCUUCUGUCCUCCAGCCUCUGUCCUCCAGCCUCUGUCCAGCCUCUAUCCUCCAGCCUCUAUCCUCCAGCCUCUAUCCUCCAGCCUCUAUCCUCCAGCCUCUUUCCUCCAGCCUCUAUCCUCCAGCCUCUGUCCCCUAGCCUCUAUCCUCUAUCCACCAGCCUCUAUCCUCCAGCCUCUAUCCUCCAGACUCUGUCCUCCAGCCUCUUUCCUCCAGCCUCUGUCCUCCAGCCUCUAUCCUCUAUCCUCUAUCCUCCAGCCUCUGUCCUCCAGCCUUUGUCCUCCAGCCUCUGUCCUCCAGCCUCUAUACUUCAGCCUCAAUCCUCCAGCCUCUAUCCUCCAGCCUCUGUCCUUCAGCCUCUAUCCUCUAUCCUCUAUCCUCCAGCCUCUGUCCUCCAGCCUCUGUCCUCCAGCCUCUAUCCUCCAGCCUCUAUCCUCCAGCCUCUAUCCUCUAUCCUCUAUCCUCCAGCCUCUAUCCUCCAGCCUCUAUCCUCCAGCCUCUAUCCUCCAGCCUCUGUCCUCCAACCUCUGUCCUCCAGCCUCUGUCCUCCAGCCUCUGUCCAGCCUCUAUCCUCCGGCCUCUAUCCUCCAGCCUCUAUCCUCCAGCCUCUAUCCUCCGGCCUCUAUCCUCCAGCCUCUAUCCUCCAGCCUCUAUCCUCCAGCCGCUCCUCUAUCCUCCAGCCUCUAUCCUCCAGCCUCUAUCCUCCAGCCUCUGUCCUCCAGCCUCUAUCCUCCAGCCUCUGUCCAGCCUCUAUCCUCCAGCCUCUAUCCUCCAGCCUCUAUCCUCCAGCCUCUAUCCUCCAGCCUCUUUCCUCCAGCCUCUAUCCUCCAGCCUCUAUCCUCCAGCCUCUAUCCUCCAGCCUCUGUCCUCCAGCCUCUAUCCUCCAGCCUCUGUCCAGCCUCUAUCCUCCAGCCUCUAUCCUCCAGCCUCUAUCCUCCACCCUCUAUCCUCCAGCCUCUUUCCUCCAGCCUCUAUCCUCCAGCCUCUAUCCUCCAGCCUCUAUCCUCCAGCCUCUGUCCCCUAGCCUCUAUCCUCUAUCCACCAGCCUCUAUCCUCCAGCCUCUAUCCUCCAGCCUCUGUCCUCCAGCCUCUUUCCUCCAGCCUCUGUCCUCCAGCCUCUAUCCUCUAUCCUCUAUCCUCCAGCCUCUGUCCUCCAGCCUCUAUCCUUCAGCCUCUAUCCUCCAGCCUCUAUCCUCCAGCCUCUAUCCUCCAGCCUCUAUCCUCUAUCCUCCAGCCUCUAUCCUCCAGCCGCUGUCCUCCAGCCUCUAUCCUUCAGCCUCUAUCCUCCAGCCUCUAUCCUCCAGCCUCUAUUCUCCAGCCUCUAUCCUCCAGCCUCUAUCCUCCAGCCUCUAUCCUCCAGCCUCUAUCCUCCAGCCUCUGUCCUCCAGCCUCUGUCCUCCAGCCUCUAUCCUUCAGCCUCUAUCCUCCAGCCUCUAUCCUCCAGCCUCUAUCCUCCAGCCUCUAUCCUCCAGCCUCUGUCCUCCAGCCUCUGUCCUCCAGCCUCUGUCCUCCAGCCUCUGUCCUCCAGCCUCUGUCCUCCAGCCUCUAUCCUCUAUCCUCCAGCCUCUGUCCUCCAGCCUCUAUCCUCCAGCCUCUAUCCUCCAGCCUCUAUCCUCUAUCCUCCAGCCUCUAUCCUCCAGCCUCUAUCCUCCAGCCUCUAUCCUCCAGCCUCUGUCCCCUAGCCGCUAUCCUCCAGCCUCUGUCCUCCAGCCUCUAUCCUCUAUCCUCUAUCCUCCAGCCUCUGUCCUCCAGCCUCUGUCCUCCAGCCUCUAUCCUCCAGCCUCUGUCCUCCAGCCUCUGUCCUCCAGCCUCUAUCCUCCAGCCUCUGUCCUCCAGCCUCUGUCCUCCAGCCUCUAUCCUCCAGCCUCUGUCCUCCAGCCUCUGUCCUCCAGCCUCUGUCCUCCAGCCUCUGUCCUCCAGCCUCUAUCCUCCAGCCUCUGUCCUCCAGCCUCUAUCCUCCAGCCUCUGUCCUCCAGCCUCUAUCCUCUAUCCUCUAUCCUCCAGCCUCUGUCCUCCAGCCUCUGUCCUCCAGCCUCUAUCCUCCAGCCUCUGUCCUCCAGCCUCUGUCCUCCAGCCUCUAUCCUCCAGCCUCUGUCCUCCAGCCUCUGUCCUCCAGCCUCUAUCCUCCAGCCUCUGUCCUCCAGCCUCUGUCCUCCAGCCUCUGUCCUCCAGCCUCUGUCCUCCAGCCUCUAUCCUCCAGCCUCUAUCCUCUAUCCUCUAUCCUCCAGCCUCUGUCCUCCAGCCUCUGUCCUCCAGCCUCUGUCCUCCAGCCUCUGUCCUCCAGCCUCUGUCCUCCAGCCUCUGUCCUCCAGCCUCUGUCCUCCAGCCUCUGUCCUCCAGCCUCUGUCCUCCAGCCUCUAUCCUCCAGCCUCUGUCCUCCAGCCUCUAUCCUCCAGCCUCUAUCCUCUUUCCUCUAUCCUCCAGCCUCUGUCCUCCAGCCUCUAUUCUCCAGCCUCUAUCCUCUAUCCUCUAUCCUCCAGCCUCUGUCCUCCAGCCUCUGUCCUCCAGCCUCUGUCCUCCAGCCUCUGUCCUCCAGCCUCUAUCCUCCAGCCUCUGUCCUCCAGCCUCUAUCCUCCAGCCUCUGUCCUCUAUCCUCUAUCCUCCAGCCUCUAUCCUCUAUCCUCCAGCCUCUGUCCUCCAGCCUCUAUCCUCCAGCCUCUAUCCUCCAGCCUCUGUCUUCCAGCCCCUGUCCUCCAGCCUCUGUGCUGCAGCCUUCCUGUGGAUGUGCUGCUGAUGUUGUCCCAGCUGAGGAGACGAGCCAGAGUUCACCCCUUCACCCGGGCCAUCAGGCAAUAUUACAGACUACCAGAGGGGACACUGGAGCUGGCCAAAAUCAGCAAAGUGUUGAUGGCCAUGGAGCAGGGAAGAGUGACGGAAUUCGAAGGAAAGAGCCUCGACCAGAUACAAAUUGAGCCUGAAGGGAGAGCAGUAGAGAUCCUCUCACAAACGGACGGGCUAAAAGAAACUUCAAGCGGAGAACCUUCAACCAUUCAUCCAGAUGCACCCCAUGGUAGUGGCAGUGCCCCUUCUGAACGUGAGUGGCAGGGUGCAGGAGGAGCGGAGUGUGUGGGCAGGAGUGGCAGGGUGCAGGAGGAGCGGAGUGUGCGGGCAGGAGUGGCAGGGUGCAGGAGGAGCGGAGUGUGCGGGCAGGAGUGGCAGGGUGCAGGAGGAGCGGAGUGUGCGGGCAGGAGUGGCAGCGUGGAGGAGGAGCGGAGUGUGCGGGCAGGAGUGGCAGCGUGGAGGAGGAGCGGAGUGUGCGGGCUGGAGUGGCAGGGUGCAGGAGGAGCGGAGUGUGCGGGCAGGAGUGGCAGCGUGGAGGAGGAGCGGAGUGUGUGGGCUGGAGUGGCAGGGUGCAGGAGGAGCGGAGUGUGCGGGCAGGAGUGGCAGGGUGCAGGAGGAGCGGAGUGUGCGGGCAGGAGUGGCAGGGUGCAGGAGGAGCGGAGUGUGCGGGCUCGAGUGGCAGGGUGCAGGAGGAGCGGAGUGUGCGGGCAGGAGUGGCAGGGUGCAGGAGGAGCGGAGUGUGCGGGCUGGAGUGGCAGGGUGCAGGAGGAGCGGAGUGUGCGGGCAGGAGUGGCAGCGUGGAGGAGGAGCGGAGUGUGUGGGCAGGAGUGGCAGGGUGCAGGAGGAGCGGAGUGUGCGGGCAGGAGUGGCAGGGUGCAGGAGGAGCGGAGUGUGCGGGCAGGAGUGGCAGCGUGGAGGAGGAGCGGAGUGUGCGGGCUGGAGUGGCAGGGUGCAGGAGGAGCGGAGUGUGCGGGCAGGAGUGGCAGCGUGGAGGAGGAGCGGAGUGUGUGGGCUGGAGUGGCAGGGUGCAGGAGGAGCGGAGUGUGCGGGCAGGAGAGUGGCAGGGUGCAGGAGGAGCGGAGUGUGCGGGCAGGAGUGGCAGGGUGCAGGAGGAGCGGAGUGUGCGGGCUCGAGUGGCAGGGUGCAGGAGGAGCGGAGUGUGCGGGCAGGAGUGGCAGGGUGCAGGAGGAGCGGAGUGUGCGGGCUGGAGUGGCAGGGUGCAGGAGGAGCGGAGUGUGCGGGCAGGAGUGGCAGCGUGGAGGAGGAGCGGAGUGUGUGGGCAGGAGUGGCAGGGUGCAGGAGGAGCGGAGUGUGCGGGCAGGAGUGGCAGGGUGCAGGAGGAGCGGAGUGUGCGGGCAGGAGUGGCAGGGUGCAGGAGGAGCGGAGUGUGCGGGCAGGAGUGGCAGGGUGCAGGAGGAGCGGAGUGUGCGGGCAGGAGUGGCAGCGUGGAGGAGGAGCGGAGUGUGUGGGCAGGAGUGGCAGGGUGCAGGAGGAGCGGAGUGUGCGGGCAGGAGUGGCAGGGUGCAGGAGGAGCGGAGUGUGCGGGCUGGAGUGGCAGGGUGCAGGAGGAGCGGAGUGUGCGGGCUGGAGUGGCAGGGUGCAGGAGGAGCGGAGUGUGCGGGCAGGAGUGGCAGCGUGGAGGAGGAGCGGAGUGUGUGGGCAGGAGUGGCAGGGUGCAGGAGGAGCGGAGUGUGCGGGCAGGAGUGGCAGGGUGCAGGAGGAGCGGAGUGUGCGGGCAGGAGUGGCAGGGUGCAGGAGGAGCGGAGUGUGCGGGCAGGAGUGGCAGGGUGCAGGAGGAGCGGAGUGUGCGGGCAGGAGUGGCAGCGUGGAGGAGGAGCGGAGUGUGUGGGCAGGAGUGGCAGGGUGCAGGAGGAGCGGAGUGUGCGGGCAGGAGUGGCAGGGUGCAGGAGGAGCGGAGUGUGCGGGCUGGAGUGGCAGGGUGCAGGAGGAGCGGAGUGUGCGGGCUGGAGUGGCUGGGUGCAGGAGGAGCGGAGUGUGCGGGCAGGAGUGGCAGCGUGCAGGAGGAGCGGAGUGUGCGGGCUGGAGUGGCAGGGUGCAGGAGGAGCGGAGUGUGCGGGCAGGAGUGGCAGCGUGGAGGAGGAGCGGAGUGUGUGGGCAGGAGUGGCAGCGUGGAGGAGGAGCGGAGUGUGCGGGCUGGAGUGGCAGGGUGCAGGAGGAGCGGAGUGUGCGGGCAGGAGUGGCAGCGUGGAGGAGGAGCGGAGUGUGCGGGCUGGAGUGGCAGGGUGCAGGAGGAGCGGAGUGUGCGGGCAGGAGUGGCAGCGUGGAGGAGGAGCGGAGUGUGUGGGCUGGAGUGGCAGGGUGCAGGAGGAGCGGAGUGUGCGGGCAGGAGUGGCAGGGUGCAGGAGGAGCGGAGUGUGCGGGCAGGAGUGGCAGGGUGCAGGAGGAGCGGAGUGUGCGGGCUCGAGUGGCAGGGUGCAGGAGGAGCGGAGUGUGCGGGCAGGAGUGGCAGGGUGCAGGAGGAGCGGAGUGUGCGGGCUGGAGUGGCAGGGUGCAGGAGGAGCGGAGUGUGCGGGCAGGAGUGGCAGCGUGGAGGAGGAGCGGAGUGUGUGGGCAGGAGUGGCAGGGUGCAGGAGGAGCGGAGUGUGCGGGCAGGAGUGGCAGGGUGCAGGAGGAGCGGAGUGUGCGGGCAGGAGUGGCAGGGUGCAGGAGGAGCGGAGUGUGCGGGCAGGAGUGGCAGGGUGCAGGAGGAGCGGAGUGUGCGGGCAGGAGUGGCAGCGUGGAGGAGGAGCGGAGUGUGUGGGCAGGAGUGGCAGGGUGCAGGAGGAGCGGAGUGUGCGGGCAGGAGUGGCAGGGUGCAGGAGGAGCGGAGUGUGCGGGCUGGAGUGGCAGGGUGCAGGAGGAGCGGAGUGUGCGGGCUGGAGUGGCAGGGUGCAGGAGGAGCGGAGUGUGCGGGCAGGAGUGGCAGCGUGGAGGAGGAGCGGAGUGUGUGGGCAGGAGUGGCAGGGUGCAGGAGGAGCGGAGUGUGCGGGCAGGAGUGGCAGGGUGCAGGAGGAGCGGAGUGUGCGGGCAGGAGUGGCAGGGUGCAGGAGGAGCGGAGUGUGCGGGCAGGAGUGGCAGGGUGCAGGAGGAGCGGAGUGUGCGGGCAGGAGUGGCAGCGUGGAGGAGGAGCGGAGUGUGUGGGCAGGAGUGGCAGGGUGCAGGAGGAGCGGAGUGUGCGGGCAGGAGUGGCAGGGUGCAGGAGGAGCGGAGUGUGCGGGCUGGAGUGGCAGGGUGCAGGAGGAGCGGAGUGUGCGGGCUGGAGUGGCAGGGUGCAGGAGGAGCGGAGUGUGCGGGCAGGAGUGGCAGCGUGCAGGAGGAGCGGAGUGUGCGGGCAGGAGUGGCAGGGUGCAGGAGGAGCGGAGUGUGCGGGCUGGAGUGGCAGGGUGCAGGAGGUCAGAUAAGUACGGAGGGGCCAGGUUGUGA